AUGACGCCCAGUCCCCCCGAUGAAGCGCUUCACUUUCGCGGAAAGACUCUGACCCCGGAAAGCCCUCGACCCCUACACAUUCCAGAGCCAUCGAAUAUCCCAGUCUUAGAGAACCAAAUGGACCCCGUCUUCAACGAUACCUCCACCUAUGAACGAUCGGGGUAUAAUCAGGUCCCGCAAACACAUGGAUGGUUGCACGGAGGGUCAAAGGAUGGUCAGGGGGGACCAAAUAUUCAAGAUGCUGGUAGUUUCCAAGGCUUGCAGCUGAAUCGUGGGAUGCAGAAUGAAAUAAUUGCUUCUGCAUGCUACCCUCCCAACCCAGCUUCGGGGUCCGAAAAUCCCGGCCAACUGAGCGCAGUUUUCUCUCACCCCGAUUCCACUUAUUCCCACGCUGCUCCGGUUGCUCCGGUGUCCCAAGGCUUUGCCACUCCGAGCGAAGUAGAUCAUGCCCAGAACCCGGAGCAAUCAAACAUGCCGGACCGCCUAAUUUCUGAGGAGCGCGUGGGACAUAACACGGGUAUCAAUUUCCAGAGUCUCCUCGACAAUCUUUCCAACCACAACCCUGGUGCAACCAUUCCUGCCGCUUCAGCUGAGAACUCGUCUCUCCAACCCGCUGGCGAGUCCCUCAAAUCCCAGGGCACCCAUGCCCACCCUCAAGCCCAAAGCCACGCUUCUAUUCAGGCCCAUUAUACUCCAAAUGGCGAGGCAUAUCGCCAACUUUCCUCUGCCCAUGAUGCUGCCACUACAUCGCCUACCUACUCCGCCCAACCUAGUAAUAUUCAACCCCAAAACCAGUCUCAGCCAUUUAACAUUGCUUCCGGAGGGACCCCGGCCGUCAACAAUCUACUUCCCACUGGCACCUUUCCGCAAACCCCAUCUACCGGUGCCGAAUCUCAGGGUUCCUUGCAAGAGCCUUCUGUAGCCUCCAAGAAAGGCCGUGUUGACAAGCAGGGUCGGCCGAUCAAGCUCGAUGAUGAUGAUGCGCCCUGGGGUCCAGAGGUCCAAAAGAAGUAUGACGAGUUCCUGCACGAUGAGCGGAUAUAUGUGACGGAAGGUCUUUGGGAUCGGUUCCCGGUGGGCUCUCGGUUGUUUGUUGGUCAGUAUUGUUCCUUAAAUCUCCCAUUCGUCGAUCUAACGGUUUUCUCAUGUGCAGGCAACCUCCCUACUGAAAGAGUCACCAAGCGAGACAUGUUCCAUAUCUUCCACAAGUACGGUAAACUGGCUCAGAUAUCGAUCAAGCAGGCGUACGGCUUCAUACAGUUUUUGGAGGCAAGUUCCUGCCAUGCGGCUCUCGGCGUCGAACAGGGAGCCAUUGUGCGGGGCAGGAAGAUACAAAGAUCUAACCGUCCCCAGAUCUUGAAAUUUCAAAGCCUCAGCGAUCGACUCGGCCUGCUCAAACACCCGAAACUUCCCGUGCACCGCCGCCACGCCGUUCCCGGUCACCGGAGUUCAGCCGUGCCAGUUCUGGGCGAACUAACGUCCGGGGCCCGGUUGAUCGAUACGACCGGUCUAAGCCCUAUGAACCCAGUCGGCUUCCAUUUAGUGAUUUCCGGGAUGAACCUUCUCACCGCAGCAGACGCGACGAUUAUCGCCCGCCGCGAUCGCCUUCCCCGCGACCCUUUCGGGGGUCUAGAGAUGGAUAUCGGUCACGCGACAGAACCCCAGAAAGAUUUGAUCGCCGCGAGCGAAGGCGCUCCCGUUCUCCGCGUUCUCCUCGCUCUCCUUAUUCUAGAGAUCGACGUUACCGCAGCAUCAGUCCGAGACCGCGUGGUAUCUAUGAAGGUGAAGCGGAUUUGCCUGUGCCUCGACGAGCUCAGCGAGAUGUACCGGAGGUGCAGCUCCUUGUACUGGAGGAACUUGAUAGGUGGGUUGAAUACGUCGAGUAGUCUUUGGACAAAGUCACUAACAUCGCGAAGGAAUUUCGUUCUUCAUGUAGAGAACGCUUUCCGCAACCGUGGAUUGCGAGUGGAUGUCCUAGUGCUUGGUCCACGGAUCCCUCUUGGCGCCGCCGUGCAUCGUCAGUUUAUUGAAGGUGUUCUUGCGGUUGUUCGCCUCUCUCGUCCGAAUCAAGUCUCUCGGAAAAUUCCUCUGCAGCUAUUUGACCGAACCGCCGGGUUGGAUAACGUCCGCUUCCUUGAUUACCCUGAGCUUGAGCCUAAUAUGUCUGCUGAGCUCCUAAGCCACCAAUCCCAAGCGAUGCAGCGAGGAGCAGCCCCAGCCGCAUUUGCACCCAAUCCUGCUUUUAUCGUCCCUCCAGCACAGCCUAUGUCGAUUCCCCCGCCUGGCAUGCCCGCGCUUUCAAACCCACCAAACAUUGCGAACCUCAUUGGUUCACUAGAUGGUCCUAGCCUUUCAACUCUCUUGUCGGCGCUCCAGCGACCCCCUCAUUCACAGCCCGUGUCUGCUACUCAGUCGCCCUUUUCCUCACCAAACCCACCUCCGGCCGACCUCGCCAGCCUCCUGACCAAUGCGCAUCGGCCUCCACCUAUGCAUACCACCCAACAGCAACCCCUUCCCCAUCCAUCCUUCAACCUCCAACCUGUAAAUGCACCCGUCAUCACCGAUCCAACCCUGCUCUCGCUCCUGGCCAAAGGACUAGGUGGACAACAGCAGCAGGGCCAGGGACCCGUCGGUCCCCAGGUACAGAACCUGAUGCAGCACCUGGCUAAAUGGAAGCAAUGA